CUUCCCCAACUAAAUAACGCCACGUCAUAAUCCUUCCGUUGUCGCCGAUUGGGUAACGACCACCUCAGACGGUGUCGGAGAAGUUUCAUUUCCCGACGCAAGUGGCAUUCUCGUAGAUAAAUUCGUAAUCGGUGGGCGUUCCAUCGAGGCGUUCGCUUAUAACAAAAGUCCACCGCGAAACACACCAGAAGCUUUGAAGCUCAAUCUUGUACUACCUUUUUGAUUAUCUUCAAUCGAAAUUUCGAGAAGCCUAGGUUGGAGAAGAUGGGUUCUGAAGGACCAAAAGCGAUUACAAUUCACGUGACUGGUUUCAAGAAGUUUCUUGGUGUUUCCGAGAACCCUACCGAGAAAAUAGCCAAUAAUCUAAAGUCUUAUGUGGAGAAACGAGGGUUGCCUUCUGGGCUGAGUCUUGGUAGCUGCACUGUUCUUGAGACUGCUGGGGAAGGUGCAAAGUCUCAGCUUUAUGAGGUUUUGGAGUCUAGUGUUGUUGAUAAGAGCACCAAUGGAACUGUUGUUUGGCUUCAUCUUGGAGUGAACAACGGAUCGGCAAAAUUCGCCAUUGAAAGACAAGCAGUCAACGAAGCUCAUUUCCGUUGCCCUGAUCAAUUAGGCUGGCAACCACAGCGGCUUCCUAUAGUUGCUGAAGAUGGAAACAUUUUAAAGGCGAAAGAGACUUCAUGCUCUACAGAGUCUAUUUUCAAGUCAUUGAAGAGUAAAGGAUUCGAUGUGGUUCUAUCAGACGAUGCUGGACGGUUCGUGUGCAACUAUGUUUACUAUCACUCUCUCAGGUUCGCAGAGCAAAAGGGUCACAAGUCAUUAUUCGUUCACGUUCCUUUGUUCUCCAAGAUCGAUGAAGACACUCAGAUGCAGUUCGUUGUCGCUCUCUUGGAGGCCAUUGCAGCUACUUGCUAGUGUUUUAUAUGUAAGUAUUAUGUAUAUCCUUCUACAAAGCAUUGUAGCUUGUGAUAAAAAAAAAA